GAAGCUACUUGGGAGUAUCUUACCGACGAUAUUCUUUACAAGAAGCGGCGAGAAACUGGACGACCUGAUAUGAACUUGACCAUAGAGCAGAUCAAAAAUAUUGCUCUUACUGAGAUCGAAAAUCAUUUGCUCAGCAAUGGUCGUAGCCUCAAGAAAUGGCCCCACAUGCCAAAGCCAGAAAAUUUUGGAGAUUACAACGGCAAUCGCCUUAUAGAUGAUGAGCUUAAUUAUGUUGUGGAAGAUCAGCUAAAGGAAAAUGAAAGACUUAUGGCGAUGAUAACAGAUGAGCAAAGAGGGGUAUACGAACAGAUUCUGGAUGCAGUUUUAAAUGAUAGCGGUGGAGUGUUCUUUCUUUAUGGUUAUGGAGGCACAGGAAAAACCUUCGUAUACAGAGCACUCUCGUCAGCUAUCCGAUCUAAAGGUAUGAUUGUUCUAAAUACCGCAUCAAGUGAAUUGCAGCAUUGUUGUUGGAAGGAGGUAGAACCGCACAUUCCAGAUUUGGUAUUCCGAUAGAUGCAGACGAAUUCAGCACUUGCAAGAAAAUGGAGCCAGGAUCAGAUCGUGCAGAAUUAGUUAAAGCGGCAAAGUUAAUUGUAUGGGAUGAGGCGCCUAUGAUGAGCAGACACUGUUUCGAGACGUUGGAUCGCACUAUGCGUGAUAUUAUAAGAUCUUGUGAAGAUAAACCUUUUGGGGGUAAAGUUGUUGUUUUCGGUGGAGAUUUCAGACAGAUUUUACCGGUUAUACCUGGAGGUGGUAGAGCAGAGACUGUUUUGGCGGCUCUGAAUUCGUCAUAUCUUUGGGAGCACUGCAAAGUUCUGAAGCUAACAAAAAACAUGAGAUUGCUGGCUGGUCUUACUGAUGAUGCAGCAAAAGAGCUUGAAUCCUUCUCAAACUGGAUUUUGGAUAUAGGAGAUGGAAAAAUAAAUUUGCCUAACGACGGUCAAGUUGAGAUUGACAUCCCUUCUGAUUUGCUGAUACAAAAUAGUGGAGAAGACCCUAUUGAGACUAUGGCAAAAGAGGUUUAUGGACAAGCUUUUCAAACUUCAACAGAUAAGGAUUUGUAUAGACAUCGAGCCAUUCUUACUCCCACAAAUGAUGAAGUGGAUAAAAUAAAUGACUACAUGCUUUCGCAGUUGCCAGGUAACAUGUUUUAUCAUUUAUUCUUAUGUUCAACUAACUUUGUACAUAUCACUAAACAAACGGAUUUACAUAUGCUUUCAGGAGAAGAGAAGGUUUACCUUAGCUCUGACAGUAUUAUCCCAUCCGAUGUUGACAUAGAAGAAAAUGUCGUAUAUCCUGCAGAGUUUUUGAACAGUGUUAAAGUGGCUGGACUGCCUAGACAUUGCUUGAAGCUCAAGGUUGGUGCUCCUAUCAUGUGUCUUCGUAACAUGGAUGUUGCAGAUGGUUUAUGUAAUGGUACUAGGCUAAUUGUUACUCAGUUACUGCCCCAUGUGAUAGAAGGUAGAAUUAUAACCGGAAACAAAAUUGCUGGACAUCCGGUUUGGAUCCCUAGAAUGUUUGUCACACCACCUGACACCAAGUUCCCCUUCAGAAUGCGUCGAAGACAGUUUCCAGUUAUUUUGGCUUUCGCGAUGACCAUCAACAAAAGUCAAGGUCAAACACUGGAAAGUGUUGGGUUGUUUCUGCCUAGGCCAGUGUUCUCUCAUGGUCAGCUCUACGUUGCACUUUCAAGAGUUAAGUCGAGAUCUGGAUUGAAAAUCCUAAUAACUGGUAAAGAAGGGAAAACGCAGACAAAAACGUUGAAUGUUGUCUACAAACAAGUUUUUCAGAAUAUUCCAUAGUCACGGUAUGUAAUUUUAAUCUACUUUCUUUUCAAAUAAAAAAUUUUAAGUAUAUAGUCUGUUACAAUUAUUUACUUUUUGUGAUUUCCAGAUGGGUAGUGAUGGGUUAGGAACUGAUUGUAUUCAGGAGCAUCCCGUUUUCUGACUAUUUCGAUGAAAGUAUGUCUACUUUAAUAUUAUUUCAUGUUAACUUUUAUUUUCUUACUUAUAAAUCUGUAAAAUAAUGUUCAUCCGACAAAUUACUUACAAUAUUUAUUUAAUUUUUUGCAGGUUUCUAAAUUAUUUUGCAUUAUUUUUCGACAAUUGUACUUCAUAAUUUAUAUUUUUAUGGAUAAUUUUUCGAUUUUUUUUUUAAUAUAUUUUCUUUUACUAUGUCUACACAAAAGUUUAUUUUAUUAUUAAUGGAAACAAAAUAUUUUAUUCUCCAUCAUAUAUUUUAACAACAUAUAUACAAUACAUUUCUAAUUAAUGAUAAUAUAAAACGAAAGCAAUUUUCUAAAACUAUGCAAUAUUUAUUCCAUAUUUUGAAUGAAAGUUUCUUCGUAAACAUACAAAGAAAAUAUGGACGUUGCAAUUAUACGUACACGGUACACACAAUAUCUGCCUCUUUAUACUGAAGUUACUUUGUUCCCUCUCGUCCAUCUCAAAUUGGUGUGCGAUCUUUUUUCCACGCCUGAUGAAUUCUCCCAAAGACGGUUGUUGACAUAGUAUAAAAUCCGUUACUUAUAAAAUCAUAUAAGAUUUAGUCCAUAUUUUGAAUUUUCUUAUGCCCGCACAGGGUGCGGGCCGGUCACCUAGUAUACAUUAUUUACUAAGUGAUUUUGAUACAUAUCAUCACCACAUUAAUUUUGAAAAUAAAAUGAUGACAUGACAUACCAAUAAAGAUGACAUGGCUUGGACUAAUUGUGACAUUGACAUUUAUUAAUAUUGUUUUAUAAUUUUGAUAAGUUUUUAGAAUAAGAUAAUAACUUAUAAAUCAUCAUUAAUAUAACAAUAAAUAGUAAAGUUAGAAAUAUAGUAAGAUAUAAUAAUUUUCGAAAAUAUUAUUUAAUUUUAUUUAAAUAUUUUUAUUACUAAA